AUGAAGACUCUCCGGGCACGGUUUAAGAAGCCAGAGCUGCGCCUCAGCCCCACCGAGCUGGGCUCCUGCCCGCCCUGCGGGCCCUGCCCCAUCCCGAAGCCGGCGGCGGCCAGAGGCAGGCGCCAGAGCCAGGACUGGGGCAGAGGUGACGAACGCCUCCUGCAGGCCGUCGAGAGCAAUGACUCUGCACGAGUGGCCUCCCUCAUUGUCCGCAAGGGGCUGGUGCCCACCAAGCUGGACCCGGAGGGCAAGUCCGCGUUCCACUUGGCAGCCAUGAGGGGCGCAGUCAGCUGUCUGGAGGUGAUGCUGGCCCAGGGUGCCAAUGUCAUGAGCACAGAUGGGGCAGGUUACAACGCCCUCCACCUGGCCGCCAAGUAUGGGCACCGGCAGUGCCUGAAGCAGCUGCUGCAGGCCUCCUGUGUGGUGGACACAGUGGACAGCAGUGGGUGGACCGCCCUACAUCAUGCAGCGGCUGGCGGCUGCCUCUCCUGCUCAGAACUUCUCUGCUCCUUUAAGGCACAUCUGAACCUCCGAGAUCGGUCAGGCGCUACACCCCUCAUCAUCGCCGCUCAGAUGUGCCACACAGACCUGUGCCGCCUCCUCCUGCAGCAGGGGGCUGCCGUGAAUGACCGAGACCUGCAGGGCAGGACAGCCCUCAUGCUGGCCUGUGAAGGAGCCAGCCCGGAGACUGUGGAGGUGCUGCUGCAGGCUGGGGCCCAGCCCGGUAUCACCGACUCCCUGGGCCAGGACGCUGCUCACUACGGUGCCCUCGCGGGGGACAAACUCAUCCUGCACCUCCUGCAAGAGGCGGCUCAGCGCCCCUCCCCACCCAGCGAGGAUGACUCAGGAGAGGCCUCUUCUCAGAAUUCUGGGUCCAGCCGUGAGAAGCCAGGAACCUCCAAGAAACGGAAGGCACCUCAGCCCCCCACCAGCAUCCCUAUGCCGGAUGACCGAGAAGCCUAUGAGGAGAUCGUGCGGCUGAGACAGGAGAGGGGCCGGCUGCUGCAGAAGAUCCGCGGGCUACAGCAGCAUCAGGAGAGGAGGGUGCCUGAGGAGCCUGAGGCAAGCUCCCUCCACAGCCUGGAAAGGCAGGUGCAGGAGCUGCAGCAGCUGCUAGCGGAGAAGCAGGAGGAGAAGGAGAGCCUGGGCCGUGAGGUGGAGAGUCUGCAGAGCCGCCUGUCCCUGCUGGAGAAUGAGCGUGAGAAUACCAGCUACGACGUGGCCACCCUGCAGGACGAGGAAGGCGAAAUGCCCGACUUCCCAGGGGCUGACGGGCUACUUUCUAAGCGCCUGAGCCCAUCUGUCCAGGAGCUCCUGGCCACACUACAGGACCAGGUGGCUAUGCUCACCAAACAGAACCAGGAGCUGACAGAAAAAGUCCAGAUCCUGGAGAACUUCGAGAAGGACGAGGUGGAGGCCGCUGUCCCGGCCGAGGUCAUCCCUCUGGCCCUCUAUGAGGCUCUCCGGAUGGAGUUUGAGCAGCUCCACCAGCAACAUGCGGAGGCCCUGCGGGUGCUGGAGCAGCGAGACACCCAGGAGACUGCCACUGAAGAGCAGGGACCCACGAGAGCCGGCAAGGACGGAGGAGGCGGGCCCACUACCAACGGCCCCACAAACGGGAAGGUGAAUGGUGCUGAGGCUCCACAGUCCACAAUGAAUGGGGCUGAGACCACAGAUGAGGAGGCCGAGGGGCCUGGGACCACGGAGGCUGGGACUUUGGAAUUCACAACCACACAGGUGGAGGCCACAGAAACCACACCCACAGAAAGUCAGGGUGCGGGUGCUGCAACCCCGGAGGCAAAGGCAGCAGCAGGGGCUGAGGUCACAGAAGCGAUGGCCUUGGAAGAGGCAGAAGACACCGAGGUGCCGCCCACGGGAGCAGAGGCCACUGGCUCAAAAGCCACCGGGGCAGAGGCCACCAAACAGACGGAAAUAGUGGCUGUGGAGUCCGUGGUGAUGGCCAAUGGAGUGGACGCGGGGCUCCCGGGCGUGGAGGCCACAGAGACGGUGGCCAGGGCCCUGGGAGUCCCUGCGGGGCCUAUCCUGCAUCCCGGGGCAGCCGAGGCCUCGCAAAAGCUGCAGGCAGAGCUGGAGACCAGGAUCCGGCGCCUGGAGGAGAUGCUGCGGCAGCGAGAGCAGGAGGCAGCCGCCGAGCUGGAGGCCGAGCGGGGCAAAUGCCAGGCCGCGGAGGCCGAGGCCGGCCGGCUGCGGGAGCGGAUGCAGGAGGCGGCGGGCAGUGGGGGCGGUGAGGGGGGCGCGGGCAGCAUGGUCCAGCUGCGGGCGGCCCUGGAGCAGGCCCGGGAGGACCUGCGGGCCCGAGACCUGCGCCUGCGGGAGCUGGAGGCCACCUCGGCCUGGCUGGACGAGUCCCGGGCCGGCCGGCUGCUGGCGGACGAGGAGGCCCGGGGCCUGCGGGCGGAGCUGGCGCAGCAGCAGGAGGUGCGGCUGGAACAGAGCCGGGAGCUGCAGGUGCUUCGGGAGCAGCUGGCCACCUCCAGGGCCGCCGAGGAGCAGCAGCGAGUCGCCGCGGAGGCCCUGGGCCGGGCCCGGGACGCCGCCCAGGCUCAAGCCUCGGAGCUGGGCAGAGCCUGCGAGGAGGCCCGGCAGAGCCUGGCCGAGCUGCGGGCGGCCUCCGAGGCCCUGCGCCAGUCCGCAGUGCCCGCCUCGGAGCACCACCGGCUCCAGGAGGAGGCCCUGGAGCUGCGGGGCCGGGCCGCCGACCUGGAACAGGAGGUGGUGGCCACGGGCAAGGAGGCCGCCCGGCUGCGGGCCGAGCUGGAGCGGGAGCGCGUGGGCAGCGUGGCCCGGUCGGAGCACGAGCGUGUGGUGAGUGGGCUGCAGGCCGACAUGGCUCGGCUGGAGGGGCAGCUGGAGGAGCUAGGACGCCGCCAUGAGAAGACCAGCGCCGAGGUCUUCCAGGUGCAGAGGGAGGCGCUCUUCAUGAAGAGUGAGCGGCAUGCGGCCGAGGCCCAGCUGGCCACAGCGGAGCAGCAGCUGCGGGGCCUGCGCACCGAGGCCGAGAGGGCUCGCCAGGCCCAGAGUCGUGCCCAGGAGGCCCUGGACAAGGCCAAGGAGAAGGACAAGAAGAUCACAGAGCUCUCUAAAGAAGUCUUCAGUCUCAAGGAGGCCCUGAAGGACCAGCCAGCUGCUCCAGCAGCCUCCGAAGUGGAGGCCCUGCGAGGCCAGGUGAAGGCUCUGGAGGAAGCUGCCAGGGACCACAGUGCCAUUGUGGCCUUGUAUCGGAGCCACCUGCUCUAUGCUAUCCAGGUGAGUCCAAAAGAGGUGAGUCAGCUUCCCCUGACCCCUGACCUGGUCUCCCCCCUCCCCCCAACUUUGGGGCAUGCCACUGCCCCCUUCUGAGCCUCAGUUUCCCCAUCUGUAUAUCGGAGGGAGCAUCUGAUCCCGGGGAAACCGUUCACGGCCGAUGGGAACCUAU